AUAAUGUCAGCUUAAGAUCAAAAACAACAAAUCUAAAGAAAUCAAAUUAAAAAAAUUGAAGAAACUUCACUCACUUGCCAGUUAAUACUAUAACUCUUUGCACUUUUAACUUACAAGCGCCUAUUCAGCUCCCAAUCACAGUCUUUUUAUAUUUACACUGAAAAAGUAAAAAGGAGCUGGAUUUGAGAUAUGGUUAUAGCUGUGGUGGCAUUAAUUUUGGGAAUCUUAUUGGGAGGUUUCAUUUUGAUUCCUCGAACCCUUAGUAAAUCAGCUCAGGUAGAAAAGGUUGAUUCGAGUAAUACCCGAAAGAAGGAACCCAGACUUUGCAAUAAAGCUGAAAUCUCUUUACAUGAUAAGAGAACUGAUUGUUGGAUUAUUAUCAAAGGAAAGGUAUAUGAUGUUACCUCAUACGUAGAAGUACAUCCUGGAGGCGAUGCCAUCCUAUCACAUGCUGGAGGUGAUGCAACCGAAGGGUUUUAUGGGCCACAACACGCUUCUCUAGUCUAUGACAUGGUUGACGAAUUCUAUAUCGGAGAUCUGGAGCAGUAACUAUUGAAGGCAUUAAGUACCAAAGUUACAAAGAGCUGUGCUGAGACAAUCUUAUUCAUCUGCCUGCUGCGCUGCUGUUUCUGCAAAAUAGUUUGCCAGUAUUGUGUAGUAUUCUGUAUUCCAUUUCCUCAUUUUUGUUAAGACCUUCAUUUGAUUGAACGAUAAGGAUAAAUCAAUUUGUUUCACUUUUUUA